CCCCGCGCCAGGUGCAUUCCCGGGCUCGCUCCGCCGCUACCGGGGCCCCGCCAUGGAGCCGCACCGGGAGCGGCCCCGGGCGCUGCUGCUGCUGCUGCCGCUGCUGCUCCCCGCGCCCGGCUCCGGGCAGGCAGUGUGCGCGGGGACGCUGAACGGGCUGAGCGUGACCGGGGACGCGCAGCACCAGUACCGGACCCUGCACAGGAUGUACAACAACUGCGAGAUAGUCAUGGGCAACCUGGAGAUCGUCCUCAUCGACCACACCCAGGACCUCUCCUUCCUCCAGAGCAUCCGGGAGGUGACCGGUUACAUCCUGAUCGCCAUGAACGUGUUCGCGGCGCUGCCGCUGCGGAACCUGCGCGUGAUCCGCGGGACUCAGUUCUACGAGGAGCGAUUCGCGCUCUUCGUCCUCCUCAACUACAACCCCAACAGCACCCAGGCCCUGCGGCAGCUCGGCCUCAACCGCCUGACAGAGAUCCUGGCGGGGGGGUGUACAUCGAGAAGAACGCUCAGCUCUGCCACGUGGACACCGUGGAGUGCCCCGUGCCACGAGAGCUGCGGUGGUCACUGCUGGGGGCCGGGCCCCGACGACUGCCAGAAACUGACCAAGACCAUCUGCGCCCCGCAGUGCAACGGGCGCUGCUUCGGCCGCGCGCCCAACGAGUGCUGCCACGAGGAGUGCGCGGGGGGCUGCAGCGGCCCCCUCCGCACACACUGCUUCGCGUGCCGUCACUUCAACGACAGCGGUUCCUGCGUCCCGCUGUGCCCGCAGCCGCUCAUCUACAACAAGCUGACGUUCCAGCUGGAGCCCAACCCCGACACCAAGUACCAGUACGGGGGGGUCUGCGUGCGGGAGUGCCCCCAUAAUUUCGUGGUGGACCAGAGCUCGUGCGUGCGCGCCUGCCCCAACGACAAGAUGGAGGUGGAGAAGAACGGGCUGAAGAUCUGCGAGCCCUGCGAGGGGCUGUGCCCCAAGGCCUGCGAGGGCACCGGCGCCGGCAGCAAAUACCAGACCGUGGACUCGAGCAACAUCGACACCUUCAUCAACUGCACCAAGAUCCUGGGCAACCUCGACUUCCUCAUCACGGGCCUGGAGGGGGACCCCUGGCGCAACAUCUCAGCGCUGGACCCCGAGAAGCUGAACGUGUUCAGGACCGUGCGGGAGAUCACGG